GUCACAAUUAACAACAAUUUCAUCGCCAUUCGAAAAGACAUCCUUCCAAGUGAUAAACUACUUAAUUUUUAUGUUAUAAGGGACGCCAUUUAAUUUUCUUCAUCUAAUGAGUUACGAGAAAUCUUGACUGCCGAUAGGCGACGCGCUCACUACUACCAUCGAUUUUUAACGUCUCCCUCAUCCAUCUUACUCAACCUUUGAAAAUUAUCAUCCAGAGCAAUAAAUAUUGUCGCGAUUGUCGCGCGGGCGAACCAUCACAGACACAACACUAUUACUUUUUACAGUUUGAAUAUUCAAAUUAUUUAAUCAGCAGCAGUACAUCUGCAAGCUUUCACGAUGGAAGUAGACCCGGCAAAUCAUUAUUCGUUACGGAUACCAAAACCCAACUACCUGCCUCACAAGGUCAAUGUGGAUCAGCCAGUGGUUAAGAAGUUCUACAAACCUUUAGAUCGCCCAAGCGACCUAGAAAAUGCCGCCUAUCUCAACAAAGUCAAACGUUUCGCUCAUGAGUAUGGCAUCACGAAACCUAAGGGCUACACCGUCUCAUUUCACUAUAACCCUGAAAUGGAGAGACAUCACUUCGGCCAGACACAUCCCAUGAAGCCUUGGCGCUUAACUCUCACCAAGAGUCUGGUGUCAUCAUACGGUAUGAAUUUCGCAAUGGAUAACUACACUGCUCGCGCGGCCACAUACGAAGAGCUCACAGGUUUCCAUACGGAAGAAUACGUCAACUUUCUCGCCAUGGUUGAGCCUCAGCCACUUCCACUUGACGUCGACAACUCUAGUCCAGAUCUUAAGUACAAUCUGGGAGGUAGUGACUGUCCACUUUUUGAGGGAUUAUAUGACUAUUGUUCAAUGUCCGCUGGUGGUUCUCUAGAUGCGGCGAGAAAAUUAUGUUCGGGACAAUCUGACAUCGCCAUAUCCUGGGGUGGUGGACUACAUCACGCCAAGAAAUCGGAGGCUUCAGGAUUCUGUUAUAUCAAUGAUAUUGUCCUUGGUAUACUACAAUUGCUGCGCGUCCACCCUCGAGUUCUUUACAUCGAUAUCGACGUACAUCACGGCGACGGUGUGGAAGAGGCAUUCUUCUCUACCGAUCGUGUCAUGACGGUCUCCUUCCACAAGUACGACCCCAUGGUCUUUUUUCCCGGUACGGGCGGCCUAGACGACAACGGCCCUAAAAGCGAGCAUAAUCCAGGAGCCCAUCAUGCCAUCAAUGUGCCUUUAAAUGAUGGGAUUACCGAUGAGCAAUACGAGUGGCUUUUCAAGAGCAUUAUCUCACGAUGUAUCGAGAAGUUCAGGCCCGGUGCAAUUGCUUUACAGUGCGGCGCGGACUCCCUAGCGGGAGACAGAUUAGGUAAAUUCAAUCUGCUCGUUCAGGGCCAUGCGUCAUGUGUGGAGUACUGUAAAAGCCUCAAUAUCCCUCUACUCAUGUUUGGUGGGGGUGGUUACACACCACGGAACGUUGCCCGUGCCUGGGCGUAUGAGACAGCUGUGGCUAUCGGACACAAAGAGACUAUCCCUACGGAGAUCCCCUUCCACACUCCGUGGCGCGAGCGAUUCCGCCAAGACACGCUCCUGCCCACAUUACAACAGAUCUUGGGCGAGCCGCGCCAAAACAAGAAUACUAAGAAGAAGCUCGAUGAUAUUAUAGAGCACGUCGGCGAGCAGCUACGAUUCGUCGAGUCCGCACCCAGCGUGCAAUUCUCUAUUAUACCACCUGAUCUCGGACCUAUCAGGGACGAGGUAGAGCAGCGGAUUAAGGAGGAGAUCCAGGAGAAGGAUGAAUUAGGGCGGAAGCUUCGGGAAGAGGCCGUCGGAGAUCGCAUGGAAUUCUAGUUGCUAACAACAGUACACUAUUUGACGACGAGCUCGGUUGAUAAGCGCCUCGAUUCUAACCGAAACGGUGCCUCAUACUAAGGGACAUUCGACACAGCCUGUCCAGGUAUUCGAUGCGAGCCUCGUCGUCAACGGUGACACGUCCUACUUAGAUAUAACAAGCAACGAAUAUUUGGGUCAUAGCAUUGGCUUCACAUUGCAUCUAUCAUCUGUUCGAUUUCGUGAUACCUUCAUUCAAGGUGCCUUCAUUCCACCUUGGAAAUCUUAAACCCGCCCGGAACCCGUUCCUGGAACACUCCGGCUGGAUCAUACUUCGCCGAUGCCUCUUUCAUCCUUUUAAUAUUCUCCUCGCCGUAACUCUUAAGAGGGUCUUGAGAUC